AGCAAUCCAACAAAAUUUGCAGAAUAAUAGAAAAAAACUUGAUGGAUGCCUUCUUACCCUACAUGACUAAUCCUCCGCGGGACUCACUCAAAGCACAAGAUUGGUUUGCAAUCACAGGCCUGCUCUGCAUCCUCUAUAUUCUUCCCUGUCUUGUGGUGGUGCAGGUGUCAAUUAAUUUUAUCUGCCUUCUCUCUGCAAGCCCACAUGCAUACAUCCCUAUGAGGUUCUACAGCCUGAAGCCCAACUUUUCUUCUCAUUUAUUCGACUGCUCACAUCCUCGUUGCAGGGCCUACUAAAUCUCCAACCCAUCCAUUGUCCUCUUCCCCAGAUCUUUGAAAUCAUCAUAAAGAAGGAACAAGACUGAACCAAGCCCCCUAUAUAAUUCCCUCUCCAAGGGAAGAAGGCCACCCCAUCUUUUCUCCCACCGUUGGAACUCUGUUUUCUCUUGGAGAGGUUCUAACAGAGUCAUGGAUUGCUGGUGAGGAGAGAUAUGGAGGAAGAGUGGAAGUCGGGACUUCUGCCGACCGAGAAAGACCACUUCUUUGUUGCACCGUGAAGUCUUUAUAGUUUGUCUGCUAGCUUCUUUCGAGGAUCGAUCCAAAAAUCCAAACUUUGUUCCACCUCCCCUGUUCCAAGUAGAAGAAAAAGGCGGCUUUUUUCGGUGAGGAAGAGAGAAGCGAAGGCGGAGAUGAAGGAGUUCUGGACGUCCAUGGCCUUCCUCAUGGGGGUCUUCGCCUUCUUCCAGAGCAUCCUCCACGCCGUGUUUCCACCCGAGCUGCGGUUCGCGGUCUUGAAGCUCUUUCACCGUGUCUUCCUCUGCUUCUCCACCUACUGCUACUUCGACAUCACGGAGAUCGACGGCGUGAACACCAACGAGCUUUAUCACGCGGUGCAGCUGUACCUCAGCCGCUCCGCCUCCGUCGCCGCCUCCCGACUCAGCCUCUCGCGGGGCCUCAACUCCUCCGCCUUCACCUUCGGCCUCACCAGCAACGACUGCCUCGUCGACACCUUCUGCGGCGCCACCGCCACCUGGGAGCACGUCGUCACCCAGCGCCAGUCGCAGACCUUCUCGUGGCGGCCGCUCCCGGGGGAGAAGCGCAGCUUUACCCUCCGGAUCAAGAAGAAGGACAAGCCCCUCAUCCUCCCGGCCUACCUCGACCACAUUAUGGAGACCGCCACCGAUCUCCGCCGCCGGAACCAGGACAGGCUACUGUACACCAAUUCGCGCGGCGGCUCCAUCGAGUCCCGCGUCGUCCCGUGGGAAUCCGUCCCCUUCAAGCACCCGAGCACCUUCGACACCCUCGCCAUGGACUCCUCGAGGAAGGAGCUCAUCAUGGCCGACCUCAAGGACUUUGCGGAAGGGAAGGCGUUCUACGAGAAGACAGGCCGGGCCUGGAAGCGCGGAUACUUGCUUUACGGCCCUCCCGGCACCGGCAAGUCGAGCAUGAUCGCCGCCAUGGCGAAUUACCUCGGCUACGACGUCUACGACCUCGAGCUCACCGAGGUGCACACCAACUCCGAGCUCCGGAAGCUCCUGAUGAAGACCACUCCGAAGUCGAUCAUCGUCAUCGAGGACAUCGACUGCUCCAUCAAUCUGACGAACCGGAGCUCGAAGAAGCUGGCAUCCCCGUAUGACCUCAGGCCCACCGGCGGCUGCGGUGCGGAGGACGUCCAUGCCGCCGCCAAGACGAUGACUCUGUCGGGCCUGCUAAAUUUCACGGACGGGCUGUGGUCGUGCUGCGGCAGCGAGCGGAUCUUCGUGUUCACCACCAACCACGUCGAGGAGCUCGACUCGGCGCUCCUGCGGUCGGGGAGGAUGGACAUGCACAUACUCAUGAGCUACUGCUCCUUCCCCGCAUUAAAGAUUCUCAUGAAGAACUACCUGGGAUUGGAAGAUGGCGAACUGGGUGGCGACACACAGGAGAACUGCGGGCUGCUGCGGGAAUUGGAGGAGGUGAUCGACGACGCCGAGAUAACUCCGGCAGAUGUCAGUGAGAUUCUGAUAAAGAACAGGAGGCGGGAGAAGCGCGAGGCAAUGGCGGAGCUACUGGAAGCGCUCAAGGCCCGGGCGGAGAAGAGGAAGAAGGAGCGAGGGGGGUCGUCGGCCACCGCGAGGAAGAAAAGCUUAGAUGAUGAGAUGGAGGAAGAGGAAGAGCAGGAGAAGAGGGCAUUGGAGAGCCCCAAGGAGAGUGGCGAAGAGAUGGAUGGGUGCAAUGGCAAGGAGGAGAAGAGGGAGGAGGAUUAACUACCAGAGAACAUUUGCCGAAUGCUACUGCUUGUGCUUGCUUUCUUUCUCAUCGAAGGGGAGGUGGAUUAGAGUUGGAGCAUCAGUCUUCAGAUCCUUUUGUUUUGGUGAGAGCUUUUGGGAGUGCCUUUGAAGACCACCUUCUCUGCGCUUGUUAGCUUCUUCUUGUAUCCUCUUUCUCCUGAGGAAUAAAGAUUUGGUAGGUACACAGGUGUUGUUGCCCAUUA